CGUACCUGCGACACCUGCGUGUGUAAUUCGCGUUCUGUGUUUUUUUGGCAAUUGUCCAUUCCACGGGAGUUGAUUACGACGAGCGGGAAGCACAAAGGGCAUGAAGCCAUGACGUAGCCACCAUCAAGUUUGGGAAGAGGCGUUACUUGGGAAAAAAUCAUGAUGUGGCUGGCUCUGACAUUCCUGCUGGUUGCUAUUGGGCUCGAGGGAGUCUGUGGACAGAGCAACUAUGCCUCCCAGGGGAAUAGCAUUGAGCCUCAGCCUGGACUACCACCGAGCACUGUGCUCGAUGGAAAAGUCACAAAGCUCGAUGAAUUAUCACCGAUAAUAUAUUUAAAUCGAACGAAGGCAUAUCUUAACUGCAGCCAGGGGAGUAUGGAAGUGGAGUUGAAAUUUCAAGAGCCUUUUUAUGGUGUUGCCUACGCGGAUUUCGAUAGAAAUAGCGCGUGCUUUGUCAGGGGACGUGGGCUGGAUCAUGCCAACUUGCAGCUGCCUUUAAAAGGAUGCGGCACAAAACAAGAUCCACAAAGAGUCUUCACGAAUAAUAUUGUAGUGAGAUUCCACCCGGGAUUGGAAAUGGAUGGGGACGAAGUCAUUACGAUAAUCUGUCGAUAUCCACCACCGGUUACUCCGAAACCGGACCCAAUUCCUCUGCCAAUCGCACCGGUCCUGACCCCAGCGCCGAGCCCGCUGAACGGUCUCCAAAUUCUUCUGACGAUAUGCGCCCUCCUGUUCCUCUCCCUCCUGCUCCUCGGUCUAGGCUGCUCGUACCUCUGCCUAAAGCGUCGAAACGUCCGUGUAAUCCACCGUCACCCCCUCGAGAGUGCAUCCGGCUCGGAGAUAACGAAGCUAUCGCAGUCCUCCCUCGGUCACAUCUCGAUGUUCGAGGGUCUGAAGAUUCCGCGAGCACACGCUCUCCUGCACGCAACAGCCUCCUCCUCAGGUAGCGAAGCGAACCUCGUCAUCGACCACUCAGACACCCUUCCCAGCGAUUACCCGAGUGAGAGCCACUCCGAGGUGGGCAUAGAGACGACACACGCUUACGGCUUCGAGGAGGUAAUCCACUCGAGCAGAUCAACCACCUCAUUAACCCCGGGAUUAUCCCACGUCGACGACAUGCGAUCGCUGCCGCUCUCCUCAGCAGGUUCCUACGACAACAAAGCCUUCGUCCACAGCCAGGACAUGCGUGCCACCAGCUCCAUCUACUCGGAAACCCUAGCUGACGUGGAGACGUCAGGAAUGACAAGUGUAACUGCCUCCAGAGUAUCCGUCCCUCGUCACCCAGUGGCUGUUCCCAUCUCGCCCAAAUUCGACGUACAGAUGAGAGUCAAGCGAGCACCACCACCGCCACCAAGUCCCCUCCCCUCGGAGUCGGACGCAAGUACAGCCCUCGAGAGAAAUCUAACCACAAUCCUAGAGAGAGAAGAAACCACUCGAUCAAUGGAAACCCCAACCCCAAGAAUGACAACCUUCUCGUACGUCCCGGAGCUUCACGGACCACCGAGCAGUACAAUCUCCCGUCAGCAGACCCCUCCGGUCUACUCGAGAAUCCUGAGAAAGCAGGCGGAACGCGAGAGUUACGAGAUAACUUCACAUCCCCAGCCAUCAGCCACAAUUCACCGACCAAGAACGCUGAAGACAUUGGACGAGUUCAGCGAGACCAGAACUAUGACAGAAGUGACGGACGCUUCUCACGCUAAAUACCGUGUGGCGAGUAUUCUCGCACCAACACCACCUCCACCACCGCCGAUAGCGCCGACACACGCGUCGAUACAGCAGCGAGAUCACAUGAGGGAGGAAGUUGAACCCUUGGUCGAGCCAGUCGUCUCGCCGAGAAGACCGGAGAUAACGACUCAUGAGGUGGACGACGUCUUCUUGCGAACGGUGACCGAGAAGAAGACCAUCGAGGAUGUCGAGAGACACCGGAGACAGGUGACUGAGUACCGCGCAAGACCCCAGCCGGAUCCAAAGUGGGAUGUCACAAUCAGAAAUUACCCGACUCAGGAGCUGCCACCACCUCCGCCGCAGUGGGAGAACUUCUCCGACGUCAGUUCAGCGUCGAAUUUGACGAUAACGAAUGAGCCGGCUCACAGACAUAUGGAGGACGUCGACUCGACGAUACAGCCGACGUACUCUCGUGCGGAGAUACCUUCAAGGUCACCUAUGGGGCUCGACGAUGGUGAUGACAAUUGGGAGACGCUGUCGCGGGUGCUGGAGCCUCAGUACGCCGGCGAGCUGACGGAGGACGAUCGCGAAAAGUGGCGGGAAGUCAUAACGACUGAGAGUAGUCUGAGGACUCUCCUGCAUGAGGCUGUCGUCAAGGAGGACUACGACCUGAUUAGGAAGGACGAGAGGUACCAGACGCUGUUCCCAGAGACCAAGUGGGAUGUCAUCAUUCGGAUCCUGAGCCCUCCAGCCACUUCGAUAGGGUCCAGCAAGAGCGGGCAGAGGUACAAGCGAGGGAAGGGCUCGGAGUGGGACAGUAGGUCCAGGAGGUCCUCUCUGCCGACUUUGUACGAGUACGACAGCGACGGCGGGACCUCCAUCAGGACUCACGACGUCCCUGGGGUGCCGUCAGAUGAGAGGAGACGACUCUCCUCCGCCAGGGGGGGCAGCGAGGUCGACCUAAGGUCAAUGUCAGAGACCAUUCGGGACUUCAAGAUGCAGAGGGAUGACGUGAGCUUGAGCUCCUACGAUGCCGACUCAAUCGUCAGGUCUCUCAGUCAACCCAGCUUGGUGCGGUCUGGCUCGGAGUUCACGGAGCACUGGGGGUUGCCGGCCAGGAACCUCAGGGCGUGGGCACCCGAGCCGGAAGAGACUGCUAGCUCUCCCGAGACAACGCCCAGAGCUGUCCGGAGGGGGGACAGGGUCGAGGUGAUGACGUCCUUCAACUCUGGGCCGAGGCAGGGCCCGAGUGGGGUCACUACCUUUGCUAGGUCCACUAGGUACGAGAGGGAAACUGUCAGGGUGGGGGAGCAACCGAGGUCCAGCUGGUUCAAUGACGAUUCGGAACCCGAGAUGCAGAUUUGAACGAACGAAAUUAUCAUGCUUGCCGAUGGUUGCAGGUCAAAAUGAGAGAACAUUAACACUUAAUACGUAAUAUCAACGUAUUUUGAUUUCAAAUAAGGUUGUUUGAACUGUAUUCGGUAAAGAAACGGAAGACAACAUGAAGAAGUACAAUUUUUCAUGUGUAAACAUCAGUUAAUCAUAGACUCAACGCUCGUUACACUAAGAGAGCGAACUGCGCACCUCAAUUGUUGGGGCGUCCGCAAGCUGUCGUUAGUGGGGUUGUCCCUGACGAUGAGAUAGGAAAUGAGGAAUGAGGAAUACACGGUACAGACAGGAACAAGGACGUUUACACAUGAAUUUUAAGUACUUCCGAAGAGACUCGCGUCGGUUUUUUGUAUCAGAUUCUUGUUAUUCUGACCUGCCAACCCUGCCGAAUUAUUGAAUAUAGAUACACUUGUUAUAUUCAUCACUGCCCAGAGAUAUUUUUAACUGAUGGUAAAGACAUAAUUCUUAAUGAUUGAAUUUUAUAAAAACGCGGAAUCGUCACAAGUCAUUAUAGCAACAUGGAUCAACUGCCCGAACGAUUCCUUGCCAAUUUUUAUUUUUCUUUUUUCAAUCCUUCGAUCUUUUUGGGUCGACCGCCGGAUUUUCCACUUGCCACUCGCAAAAUACCUUUUUGAUAACUUUUUUUUUCAAUGAAAAAUCGAGUGGGACUGUAGAGUCCGGCUGCACCGGGCCACUUCCGUUUCGAUGAUCGUGUAUUAGAGAAAUGUCGUAACGGAAGUGCCUGGAAAUGUCUCUUAGUCGCGUAACACUUGGCUUCCUAAUAAGAACACCUUUCGUAUCACGUAAUAACGAAAAUAAGCAGAAUAAAAAUCGAUAAAUCGCCAAUUGCCCACGAGCGCUAGUGAUAAUAGUCGCAUAAGUGAAAACGAAAAAAAAAGGUAAAAAUAAAUGAAAAGAAUUAAAAACAACGGUGCUGGGUCCACGCUUCCUCUAAUGUAGAAAUACAAUAGUUCGUAAGAAAUUGUCUUUUUAUAAACGUGAACGAAACGUACUAUGAACGAAAUAAAAAAAAUUGUUGAUGCUGAGUAAAGGAAUAAUGUUGUGCAAUAGGAUGAGGGAUAACAUUCAGGGGCAUAAUUCUCCGGUAGAAAUGUAUCAAGGGGGAGAAAAAUAUAUAAAUGAGGUGGAAGAAAAGGUAAUUGGGUCGGCUGAUGCCUGCGACCCCGCUGGCACCAGCGCAGAUGAGAAGAAAGGAAAACAGGGAAAAUGUUUAAUUCAGGUCUUCUAGUGAGCUUCUUCAUGAAUGUCGGACCAUCAUCCCUUAAUUAAUCGCACGAACUUGUUUCCUCUUGCCAAUUUUUCUUCGACUUAUUCAAUACAUAAAUUUAAUAAAGAUAUUUUUAAUCGAAAAAUUGAUGAAUUUUUAUUUUUCUGGGAAAUUCAUUAUUUAAAAAUUUUUUUUCUCUCAAUUUUGACGGAAUUGUAUUUAAAAAUCAAAAUCUAUUUAUUUUUUUCGUGUUAAAACGACAGAAAAUACGAAAAUGUGGCUUCAAAUAUUUUUAGAUCUUGAGAUAUUUUUCAAAAGCUGAAAACACCUCGACUUUUGCAUCAACUCCUUUUCCUUAAGUAGCUCCUAAAUUUGUAAAUAAAAAGUAAUGUUGAAAGGACGUAGACGAGGGGAAGAAUAACCGUAACGAGGAGAAAAUAUUCAGUCAUUUAGCUGCAUUAGUUUGCAAAUUUUCCCCACGAGAAUGAGAAUAAAUUCCACAAUUUCAAAGUUUUUACACCGAGCAAACUUGUAUAUUCACUGUAUCGGAAUUUACUAUAACAUUACGGAAUAAAUAAUGCUUCUACUACCACAAGUUGAUUGCAAUUUCUCAUCCCCUUCGCUCUUGAAACCACAACCCCACAAAGUGGAAUUAAAAAAUGGGAAAUAAAUAUAACCCGAUGAUUCGAUAGGGAUUUCCCACGAAUUCAUUCUGUCCGGGGAUAAUCCGAUUCUGGUCACGUGAAAAUCCCGGACGGAAAACCGCAGAAUAUAUUUCCAACCGUCAGCCCCAAUUUCCCGGUGUCGUUCAGGAGAAUAAAACAAAAUUUGAGGGAGGAGAAAUGGAGUGACAGCAGGGCUGAAUGUGUGAAGUGGAUAUGAAUCUCGUGGUUUCUGUUUCAUUGCCAUUGAGGAGGUGGGAUUCAGGGGAGAUUGGAGCACAAUAGUGUCGAGAUGGAUUUUUUUUCUUGUGGCAGAUGUCGUUUGUAAAAUUUCAUCGUCUGGUAGGGUGUAACGAGAAGCUCGAGACAGACAUCGAUUCACUUCUGGGAGAGUGACACAAUGCCUGGAGGAAGGAACAAUACCUGAAGA